CCUAGCAAGCGUGCCGUGAUGAGAAACUACGCGCUCAUUGGACGAUCCUUUGUAUGACGUAAGGGAAACUCUGUUCUGAUUGGCCGUCACUUACCUAGUUUAGUAGUAUCCCUCCGCGGUUGUUCCGGUAUACCAGCAUCUUACACAAGAUUCGACCAUGGAUCUUGUACUGAAUGUUGCAGACUACUACGUCCUCACCCCGUAUGUGUACCCUGCAUCGUGGCCUGAGGACGGGGCCCUGCGGCAGAUCCUCAGCCUGUUGGUGCUGACCAACCUCGGGGCUGCAGUCCUUUACCUGGGCCUUGGCGCCAUCAGCUACUUCUUCAUCUUUGACCACAAUUUGAUGAAACACCCACACUUCCUAGAGAAUCAGGUUCAGAGGGAGAUUAAAUAUGCGAUGACCUCUCUUCCCAUGAUCAGCAUCCCCACAGUGGCCUUGUUUUUCGCUGAAGUUAGAGGAUACAGCAAACUGUACGAUAGUGUCGAUGAAUCUCCAUUGGGUUGGCCUGGGCUCUUCCUGAGUAUGAUCUCCUUCCUGUUUUUCACCGACAUGUGUAUCUACUGGAUUCAUCGGUUCCUACAUCAUAAGCUUUUUUACAAGCUGUUCCACAAACCACACCACUUAUGGAAGAUCCCCUCUCCCUUUGCCAGCCAUGCCUUCCAUCCAGUAGACGGCUUCAUGCAGGGCCUCCCCUACCACAUCUACCCCUUCAUCUUCCCGCUCCACAAGGUGCUCUACUUGGCCCUUUACAUUUUCGUGAACAUCUGGACCAUUUCCAUCCACGACGGCGACUAUCGCGUCCCCACCGCUCUGACGAGUGCCAUCAACGGCUCGGCUCACCACACCGACCACCACCUCUUCUUCGAGUACAACUACGGCCAAUACUUCACUCUGUGGGACCGCCUGGGGGGCUCCUACAGGCACCCGUCGGCUCUGAUGGGGAAGGGUCCACAUGAUCUGAUCCGGAAACUUCAAGCAGAGGGAAAGCUAGGAAACGACAGAGUGAAGACUAAAGGGCAGGUGAAUGGACUUGCUGAGAGAGGAGUCACAUGUAAGGAAGAGUAGGAGUAGGAAAGUUAUGACUCACUAUUUUUAUAAAGACAAUGUGCUGCACCCAUACUCAUACUCAGAGCAUGAGUUCCUGUACUUGCCAAACAAGUCGUUGUGAUGAGUUUCGAAAUACUAAAUAGAUUUUUAUUAGCAGCAAGCUUUGGGAUCACUACGUUUCUUUGAUGUACCAAUCAAUAGACAAGGAGCAGACUUAUAUCCAGAGUCUGCAUUGUUGUCUUGCAGUGCUUAUAAUUAAAGCAGGGUGAUAAAGUCACACAAGACUUUUGCUUAUUGCAAACCAAGAAACAACAGAGCCAGAAGACUUAAGGGAGCAUCAACAGGCUGGAGCUUCUGGGGCUUCGGGAGCUGCUACAGUAUCUGUGAAUGACACUAACUGUGAAUGGGAGUCUAACUUUAUCAUACGAACUGGGACUGGUGUGACAAGGAUUGAUUUUUACUCAAUUUUAGAUUUAACUAGUAGACAGAAUCUGAAAUAAGUGAAAAACCAACAACUGCUUCAAAGGACAAUUCAGGUAUUUUUCAACAAUUUCCUAAAUUGUGGACAUUAAGAUGGUACUUCAGCUACAUGUUAGCUACCCAGUUCAUGCCUUCUUUCCUGCAUCAGCAUUACAAAUUAAAAUAAUAAAACACCUUUCCUCCUGUUGUAUUAAUGCACUGGUACAAAAAGAGUAGAAUAUUUUGGAUAUAAAUGAUAAUGAUAAAUACAGAAAUUCAAUUUAAUCCAAAAGUUUGACUUUUAAAUGUAUCUGUAGUUUUGUUCUGUAUUCAUGCAAUGGAAAUUAGAACAAUGUUUUGAGUGUGAAAGUUCAGUUUCGACCUUGGAAAAAAGUAAUUUGAUAAAGAAAAUCUUAACUCGA